AUGCUUGCUGGCUUCAUCUUCCUGCUCCUACUCACAGAAUUAAUCAAUGGUAGCUGCAACUAUUUGGACCUUUUCACGAAUUUGUACCCUAAAGGUAAGGCGCAGAACACCAUGACCCGGCCUGUUAAAAACUACACAACAACCACUGAAGCACUCCUGGCUGUACUCAUCUAUGCCAUUCUAGAUUUGAACGAGAAGGACCAGAAAUUUGUAUCAUACAUCUGGAUUGACAUGCUUUGGCGCGAUGAGCACAUUUCUUGGAAUCCUAUGGAUUUCUGUGAUAUUGAGAACAUUACAAUCCCUUCUAAACAAUUGUGGACACCAGACCUAACCAUUGAAGAGAUGACAGAGAAAGACAAGGCCUCUGCGAGUCCUUAUGUAAUUGUUUUCAGCAGUGGUCGAAUCUGGCUUAGGAAUGACAUGAUGGUGAUCAGCACCUGCAAGAUGAAUGUUUACAAAUUCCCCUUUGACAAUCAGAGCUGCAACCUCUCCUUCAAGUCUGCCAUGUUCACCAACAAGGAAAUUCGGUUUCUUCCAUGGGAUAACUCUUCACGGAGCACUAAUUGGACUCUUUCGAUGAUUCGUUCCCAGUCUGAGUGGCUGUUCAUCAAUACAGACAUCACCAACAAAACUGUCAACAAUUUUGGACUCAACCAGAGCAUGAUGGUUUUCACUAUCCACAUGAAGAGGCGCUCUGUCCUCUAUGUUGUCAACUUCAUGCUGCCCAUCCUGUUCUUCUUGGGUCUGGACUUGGCCUCCUUCCUCAUCUCAGACAGCGGCGGAGAGAAACUGGGCUUCAAGGUCACUGUGCUGCUUGCUGUCACUGUGAUGCAACUUAUUCUGAAUGAAAUUCUGCCUUCUUCUUCAGACAGGAUCCCACUCAUCGCAAACUACAUUGUUGGGAUUUUUGGUUUGAUGAUGCUCAGCCUCACAGAGACGAUUGUGGUGAUGUACCUGUUGGAGAAAGACUUGAAAGAAAACGAGCCAAAUGGAGACCAAAACCUGAGUGAGGACUGUGGAGACAAACAAGGCAAAACCAGCCUUGAUGACUGUUUCAGGGGCAUAAAUACAUGGAUUCACUCUGCCUGUGUCUGUGAUGUGUCUGCUGGUAAAACACCACCCGAAGUGCUGCCAUUGCCCCAAGAGGUCAACAUUUUGCAAUUCCGUCCAGAAGAAGUGCCCCAGGAAAACGCAUUUGAAGAUAUAAAAAGCUAA